GUGUAUUCUUAUACCAAAAUCAGUUUGCGAAUCAGUUGUGCGGAGAAACUCGAAGAAUACGAACUGGAGUCAUAAGUUCAAUUCAAAAAUGAACCCUGGUUUUCAUUUCAUUUCGUAGCCUCAAUACUGUGAGCUGCCAAUAGAUGGCCAUUUUCACUACUCAAGGGCCGCCUAGUGCUGGUUCCCUUACCCAAGCAGCAGGAACUACAAACGGCGAGAAAUUUUCAUUAUUAUUAUGGAAGAAUUUUCUGCUUCACUGGCGGAGCAAGGUAUCUUCCUUGAUGGAGAUAUUUAUUCCUCCCUUCUUCAUGCUGCUCUUGGUUGGCCUUCGAAGUCUAACAGAAGUACGAAUUAAUUACAACGAAUCGAUUUAUGAUCCCUUGGAUGUGACCAACUUUACUGGUAUCCGGAGUAACCUAGCCGUUCCCUUCGCACCCGUGAUAGCUUACUCACCGAACACAACGUUCCUCCAUGAGCUAAUGCUGCCGGUUGCGGAAUGGACUGGAUUCAGCUUGGAGACCUUCUCCAGGUCCGAUGAAAUGCAGUUUUUCCUGAUGGCUUCGAAUUCUUUCGUCGGGGUACAAUUCGACGAUCGCUAUUCGGGGCAGACAGGUGUUCCUCAAACACUGAACUAUACGCUGCGCUUCCCCGGUGAGCUUCGAGCGCAGUUCGGAAUAAGCCACACGUGGCGUACGGAUUCGCGCUUCCCUUGGAGACCAGAUGGAGGCGCGCGGUUCUACCAAUACGACGACGGUGGCCCUAGUCCGGGCUACUUUCGGGAAGGAUUUCUCAGCAUACAGCACUUCAUAUUCAAAUCGUUCGUGCAAAAAGUUAAAGUGUUGAAUGAAGACGUACCGGAUGUGAUUGUUCAACGAUUACCGUAUCCACCGUUUAUGGAUGAUGGGUUUCCGUCUAGUUUGAUGGCGUUUUUGCCAAUAUCGGCUAUGUUGGCAUUCAUCUAUCCGUGCAUCAGUAUAGUGAAAUCAAUAAUUUUUGAAAAAGAAAAGCAAAUCAAAGAAGCAAUGAAGAUCAUGGGGUUAAGCAACUGGAUUCUGUGGUGUACGUGGUUCGUCAAGUGCUUAUUCUUCAUAGUCCUAUCGGUGUCGUUGGUAGUGCUAUUUCUCAAAGUGCCGUGGUAUACUACUCCAUAUGUUUCCGUACUCACGCACUCAGACUGGGGUGUGAUAUGGCUGUUUUUCUUUAUCUAUGGAAUCGCGAUUAUCACAUUCUCCUUCAUGCUGAGUACGUUGUUUUCGAAAGCAAAUUCCGGGGGAGCAGUGGCCGCUAUCAUUUGGUUUUUGGCGUUUGCUCCAUUUGCUGUCAUGGAUCAGGAUUACGGAAGUCUAACAACAUCUGAUAAGUUAGCAGCAUCGUUGCUACUGAAUUCAGCCAUAGGAUUUGGCUUACGAUUGAUUGGAUUGUAUGAAGGAACCACCGAAGGAAUACGGUGGUCAUCUCUGUUCCAUGAGAGCGAUGUUGAUGAUAUCAAUCUCGGCAUGAUUAUGCUAAUGCUGCUGGUGGAUGCCAUCCUAUACUUAUUGAUUGCGUUGUACAUUGAGCAAGUGUUCCCCGGCGACUUUGGAUUGGCCCAACCUUGGUAUUUCCCGUUCUCAAAACGUUUCUGGGUGGGAGAGCCACCGAUGAAAGAAUCGACAGACGAUGAAGCGGCGCCCAGAAACGAAAACAUAGAGGAUGAUCCUAAAGGUCGUCCAGUACGCAUCAGAAUCAAAUCGCUGCGCAAAGUCUACUCCAACAAGAAGGUAGCCGUCGAAGGGUUGACGUUUAACAUGUUCGAAGGUCACAUUACUGCAUUGUUGGGCCACAAUGGUGCCGGAAAGACGACCACUAUGUCUAUGCUUACCGGUAUGAAGCGGCCAUCGUCGGGAACGGCGGAAAUUUGGGGCUACGAUAUUCGACAUGAUAUGCCAAGCAUUAGGAACUCAUUGGGAUAUUGUCCCCAGCACAAUAUCCUGUUUGAUCAGCUCACGGUACGGGAGCAUCUCUACUUUUAUGGGAGGUUGAAAGGCUUGUCGAAGAUUCAGGUAGUGUACGAAACAGAAAAGUAUGUCAAAUCAUUGGAACUAAUCGAUAAAUCCAAUGCUCGGGCUUCGAGUUUGUCGGGCGGCAUGAAAAGAAAAUUGUGCGUUGGCAUCGCUUUGUGUGCUGGAUCGAAAGUUGUACUUUGCGAUGAACCGACAUCGGGGAUGGAUCCUGCAGCGAGAAGAGCCCUUUGGGAUUUGUUGAUUGCUGAAAAAACUCGUCGGACAUUGAUUUUAUCGACGCACUUCAUGGACGAAGCGGACAUGCUAGGUGACAGAAUAGCAAUCAUGGCCGAUGGUAAGCUGAAAGCGGUUGGAUCUUCAUUUUUCCUGAAGAAGAAAUACGGCGUUGGAUAUCGAUUGAUUUGUGUUAAAUCCGCGGAAUGCGAUGUAAAUGCAGUAACGGAUCUCCUCAAAAAUCAUAUCCCGGAUAUAACUGUGGAGUCAAGCAUUGGAUCAGAACUGUCGUAUUUAUUGCACGAAGAAUAUUCACACAGAUUCCAACCGAUGCUCGAAGAGCUGGAAAAUAAUUGUGAGGCGUUGCAAAUAUUUGACUUUGGGAUAUCACUGACUACGCUAGAGGAGGUAUUCAUGAAGGUUGGUUCGGAUUCGACCCAUAUUAGUGACGCGGUGAGCGUGUCCAGUCUGGCCACAAAUUCCACCGAUUUAGAAUCGAACUCGAGUGUGGGAGAUUACGAGCUUCUGGAAGGGUUCCGUCUUUUCUGGUGUCAGACUAAAGCAUUAUUCUUGAAGAAAAUGUAUCAGACCUAUCGAAACUGGUUCCUGCUCUUGGUGCAAAUUGGAAUCCCAAUCUUGUUUGUGUCAGUUACGAUUGUGGUUGUCCGAGGCUGGAUUGGGUCACGCGAUUUGCCACGCCGUACUUUAACUAUCAGACAGCACAACCCAUCAGUGACGCUGGUGCAGGUGGAUCCAGUGCAACAGCGGAGUGAAUUGACACAAAUAGUAUUGGAAAAUUAUUUAUACCAUCUACGAUGGACGGAAGGUCUGGUCGUUAGCUUGAUAAGAAAAUACAUAGUUAAGGUGUUUCUGCUACUUGCAAAUGAGAACCUUAUCGUGGUCAACCGGCUCUAUGUUAUCGGUGCCAGUGUACUGAACAACAACUACACAGCAUGGUUCAACAAUGAGGCACUCCAUUCUCCUGCGAUCUCGUUAGCCACCAUGCACAACGCACUGCUCAGAACUUUUGCUAACUCAACGGCUUUUCGAAUCGAUGUUGCGAACCAUCCUCUUCCUUACACAGAUGAUACCAGAAUGCAGAUGAGCCGAGCUCAUAACAAUUUGGGCUUCCAGCUGGCUUACAACACGGGCUUCAGCAUGGCCUUCGUGUUAGGAUUCUACGUAAUAUUUUACAUCCGAGAGCGAGUGACCAAAGCCAAGCUGCUCCAGUUCGUAAGCGGUGUGAAUCGUUUUGCGUACUGGUUUACUGGCUUCAUUUGGGAUUACUUCACGUAUUGCAUCGUUUGUUUGUUCAUCAUUGCAACCAUUGCCUGUUUCCAGGAACCCGGUUUCAGUACCGGAGAUGAAGUUUUUCGGGUUUAUGCCAUUCUUUUGUUUGUUGGGCUUCCAGCGCUGCCAUUGACCUACAUCACAACACUUUAUUACACGGUACCGUCAUCAGCUUUCAUUCGCCUCAGUGUCGCCUUCAUCGUUACCGGAACUGCCCUGUUCAUAUUCGUCUUUCUGCUGGGUACGGAUAUGUUCGAAUUGAACGAGCUCUCAGAAACGCUGUCGGCGGUUUUCCUGAUAUUCCCUCACUUCACUCUUUGCGAUGCGAUAGUCAACCUGAGCCGCAUGUCACUGACGAUCAGCAUGUGCGAAGCGCCACGACCGCCAGGUGUAACGGCCUUGCCCAUUUGCGAUGAAAAUCUGCAUUACAUGCAGUGGGAACGACCUGGAAUUGGGCGACAUUUGUACUACAGUUUGGUCAUGACUGUGGUGUAUUUUACGCUUUUGUUUUUACUUGAUUUCCAAGUCCUGAAAGUACUGAUACACAAAAUCAGGGAGUGGUAUUACAGAAGUCAAUACAAAUUAGACAAAAAUAGACAGGAUUUGGAUUCGGAUGUACGAACGGAGAAGGAACGAAUAGAUGCAAUGACGGAGGCGCAAAUACAGGACACCAAUUUAGUUGCUCAUAACAUGACAAAAUACUACAAACGAUUCUUGGCCGUCGAUCAACUGAGCGUGGGAAUCAACAGCUACGAAUGCUUCGGUCUACUCGGUGCUAACGGUGCCGGGAAAACAACCACUUUCAAAAUGCUGGCCGGCGACGAAUCCAUUUCUUUCGGCAACGCUUGGAUCAAGGGAAACAGUCUGAAAACCAGCUUGAAGAAGGUCCACAAGCACAUCGGUUAUUGCCCCCAGUUCGAUGCACUGAUAGAGGACCUGACCGGGCGGGAAACGCUGAAACUGUUCUCCCUGCUGCGGGGAGUGCCGGAUGAUACAAUCCCCCAGAUAACGCUAUUUCUGGCGAAAGAGUUCGGCUUCGUGAAGCAUCUGGACAAGCAGGUGAAGGCCUACAGCGGAGGCAACAAGCGAAAGUUAAGCACGGCGCUGGCUCUGCUGGGAAAUCCAUCGGUUAUUUAUUUGGACGAGCCCACGUCGGGGAUGGAUCCUGGGGCGAAGAGAAAUCUGUGGAACGGAGUCUGCCGUGUGCGGGACAGUGGGAAGACAAUCGUGCUAACGUCCCACAGCAUGGAGGAAUGUGAGGCACUGUGCACGCGGCUCGCCAUUAUGGUGAACGGGGAGUUCAAGUGCAUUGGGUCAACGCAACACUUGAAGAACAAGUUUUCCCAAGGAUUUGUGUUGAUUAUCAAAGCGAAGAAAAUGGACUCCGCUCAUAAGGAGAAGGAAGAAUCGGUUUCGGAUGUGUCUGAUUUGCAGAAAAUAAAAGACUUUGUAACGGUGAAUUUUAGCUGCGCACAGUUGAAGGAAGAAUACCAAGAUUUGCUCACAUACUACGUUCAAUCGCAAGACUUGAAAUGGUCGCAAAUAUUUGGUAUGAUGGAGAACUGCAAACGAUCACUCAACGUAGAGGAUUAUUCGAUUGGCCAAACAAGCCUCGAACAAGUAUUCCUUUUGUUCACAAAGUUCCAGCGAGAGGAGUAAAAAGAAGUUCAGUUGAAUUAGAGUAUUGAUUGUGUUUCUGCGACAAUAUGUUCGAAUAUUUUAAUUGUGUAGCGUUAUAUUUAUUGAAUAAGAUUAAAUGUUAGUUGUUUAGUAUCGGAGAAAAUAAAAUAUGCAGCGAAGCAAUGGAUGAGCUGAUAACAUCAAACGGUUACUAAUAAAAAGCAAUCAUGUGUUAUAUUUUG